CAGACAUUGGCAGUCCUAGGAAACCCAAUGGCGGCAAGAAGGUAAUAUGAUGGCAAGUCCGCUGGCCAUUCACACUUCCAGGUUGAUAAGUUUUCUCAUCGCCCGAAAGAAUGCCGUGAAGUACGAACCGUGACACGAGCUCCAGGUACGGGGUGGAAGCGUCCUGCUGUGUUGCAUACCUACUUCCAUGCGCCCACCAUCUCCAUCUUCCACUUGUUCUCUGCUUCUGACUCUUUUCAGUUGCAUCGAAUUCGAAACGAAACAAGAAGAAAGAAAGAGUGCAGUUCGCGCCUCUUACACCACCUGGACGCCCGCAUACCCGCAUUCUUGGGGAAAAGGGUCCAAAACUAAUCUAGCGGAAGUCCAAGACGCCCCCAGUGUCACCACACUUUCCAGCUCAACGAAACGAGAAGGACGUGAGCAAGGGGAUUUCAAUCCAACGAAGGAAGCAACCAACAACUCAGCCCUUUACGCCAACUGUGCCGCUUCUACCGCCCUUCUUCCUCGCCUGUCUUGUCUUUGAUCCAGAAGCACGAGGCACAGCUCCGACCGUCUCCGCAAGCCCCCCUCAACGAGAUAUAUUUUAAAUAUCCUUCGUUUUUUCAACACCAUUAGCUCUGGAUAAUUCCGAUCCGUCGGCCUCACUGUCGCCAAGGUCAGCACUAAAGCAGCGUCUACGGCAGUUACGAGACAACGCUUACUGCGCCAACAACGCGCGCUCGACCACAUAAUAAGUCAAAACCACUGGAGAAAAAAAAAAUAGGAACAUCAACCUACCAGUCUAUUCUCCAUCAUCAUCAUGCGCAUCGGGUGUCUUCAGUUCGCGCCCCAGGUUGGGGAUGUCUCCAACAACCUCAGUCGUGCCGACGCCGUUUUGGCUAAGGCCAAUCAGAGGGAAUUGGAGGAUCUAGACCUACUUGUUCUUCCUGAAAUGGCCUUUUCUGGAUACAACUUCAAGUCCCUAGAAGAAAUCCAGCCCUUUCUCGAACCGUCGGGAUCCGGAAUCAGUGCUUUGUGGGCACGGACAAAUGCUCUCAAGUAUGACUGUACUGUUGCCGUUGGCUACCCCGAAAAGGUCGGGUCUUCGGGUUCACCGCGUGGAUCUUCCCCCGAGUACUACAACUCACUGCUUGUUGUCAAUGGGGAAGGCGAAACCGUUGCAAACUAUCGCAAGUCCUUCCUCUACUACACCGACCAGACUUGGGCCCUGGAAGGUGGAGGUUUCUAUGGCGGCAGGAUGGAGGGCUUCGGCAACGUUGCCAUGGGAAUCUGUAUGGAUAUCAAUCCCUACAAGUUCGAGGCCCCCUGGCAUAAAUUCGAGUUCGCUUUCCACGUUCUUGAAGUUCGAGCAAACCUAGUCAUUCUUUCAAUGGCAUGGCUUACCCACGAGGAUCCAUCAACGUUCACUCCCCUCGCUCAGGAACCGGAUCUGGCAACCAUGACAUAUUGGCUUCAACGAUUCGAGCCUGUCAUCCGAGACGAGAGCGACGAGGAACUCAUUGUUGUGUUCUGCAAUCGCUGCGGCAUGGAAGACGACGUCUUAUACGCGGGCACCAGUGCCGUCAUUGGAAUCAAGAACGGUGAGGUGUCUGUUUAUGGACUCCUCGGCCGUGGUUCCAAGGAGUUGCUGGUCGUCAACACUGACGCCCCGCCCUAUGGAAAGCUGGUCAAUCGCCCUGACGCCGCUACCGAUAACAAUGAAGAGCACAUACCCAGAACAACCCCUGGCACUACUGGGAAUCCAGUUUCUCCCGACCAAGCCAACACAACCUCCCUUAAUUCCCCUGUGAGAACACAUACACAACCAGAGGCAGCAGUGCAAGCCGCAGCUUCUAACAGACAUAUAGGGGGCAACAGACGCAGCCCAGUCGAGGCCAGAAAACGACCAACCUUGAACAUACCUACAAAGCCUCCUCGCUUCGUGGCAGACGAGGAAGAGGAUUGUAGUGAUUCAGGCAUGGAGAACUACGCUGAUUACCAAGGCAACUGUGGAGGACGUGACGGGCAUGCUUAUGUAGGAAGAGCAGAAGCUGUAGAGAGCCCGGUAUAUCCCAGUCCGACUGUCAUGGCCAUGCGACCCAAGCUUCCCAUUCACAAAGGUGCACGUACACUCCCGCCCAUUACUACCAAGCGGGUGCCAUCUGGGGUAAAGCCUGGAAACUAUCUUACUAGUUGUGAUCUUUAUACUCCUCCCAUCACACCCUACGACGAUGCAUCGCUGUCAGCAGCCCGCCGAAUACCAUUGCCCUUUUCACCCGCUGUGGACACACCGGUUGAACCAAACUGGCCCGUUUCGGCCAGGACUGACUAUAACGGCCAACCAUUCCACACUCUUCCCUCCGGGCCAGCCAGCAGAUCGACAAACAUAUCUGGUGGCAGAUCCCGCAAUUCGAGCCGUGCAAGGGGCCCAGAGAUGCUCUCACCAGUCACGAGCCAACACCCCUUCCAAUCAGCACGCACAGGUCCAACAGAACGGGUCCCAAGGCGGGCAAAACGCGAAGACGAGAAGGAGCAUGAAUAUGGCGAGUUAAGCGUGGACAGGGCUGCAGCACGAAAGCCGGCCAAGACGGGUUUCGAUGACCUCUUCAACACGAUUCCCAUCGCCGCAAGUCCCAGCAUUUUCAAGACUACAUUUUCCGAAGCAGAAAUCAUGAACAACCAGCAGCAGCAGCGUGCCGGCCAAGCAGUCCACAUGAGACUGAGGGACGAGCCACGACCUCAAGUAGCUCCUCGACAACGUCCCACAGUUGAACGAAUGCCUUCUAGACUCAGGAGCACAUCAGCCUCAAACCCCAAGAUCCCACCAUCGUUCAAUUAUCCUCCACCCCCAGUCCCGCAAACGCCCCAAUAUACCCCUGUUUCUUAUGCCUCGAGUUCCCGCUCAUCGAGCAGAAGCAGGCAGGCUUCUUACACGAGAAGGGGCAGUGAGCAACGCACAGUUCCGUCAACUCCGAGCACCCCCAGCCCGACAACGCCGCAUCAUUAUCACCAGCAUCAUGUGCUGCCCGCUACAUCCUAUGGUAGCAAUAGCCAUGUCCAGCAACCACAUAAAAGAAUGCCACAGGCUGUUGGUAUUAAUGAUCAUGACGAUGAACCCGAGGCGUUUUACGGGCGAGGACCGGUAAUACCGGUUGGAGGAAUGACGGUAGGGAGAGAUAGUAGAGGUCGAAAGAUAUCUACCCAGCAGCAGCCGUCUAGGAGGACACACUCUGUUGACCCUCAUCGCCGGGAGCCUGCUGCCGAGAGGGGACGCAACGGUGGGGCUAGGGUCAACGGGAGGUAUUAUCCUCUGGAUUUGUUGUCGCCUGUUUCUGUGUGAAAGAAAAAUAUUAGUGUUGGGCAUCUCGAAGAACUUACAGAUUGCGAUAAUCUCCUUUUCUUUUUUCGGAUGUGUUGUGAAUGAGAUUGACAUGUUGAAAUUGUGUCGAUGAACGACUUCUUCUGUUACUCUUCUUGAAUGGAGAUUUUUGAGGGUUUGGACGGGUCUGGAAAAUAUUUACACACUGUACCGGGCAACCGGGUUGGCUAUAUAAAUUGGAAAGUAAAAGAUUCAAUGACGGCACCAAAAGUUCACAUGCCAUGUUCCAUAUACCUACUACCUUUUUCUGGGUAAAUUGCAC